AUGGUCAAAAAAACCUCGUGGCGCUAUGACCAAACCCCGGAGAACUACACCAGCUGCUUAGGUUUGGCUCUGGGCGAUGGCAUCAUCCUGUGGACCCAAAAUGAUCGAUCAGUUGGAUACUAUCACGAUGUUCAGUUCCAAAGCUACUGCGACGACAAGGCGCCCGUUUACUCAGCUCUAAGACGCACCAACGAGUCUUUUCCAUACCUAGAUUUGAUUGAAGAGGACUGGAAAGUUUUCACGGAGGGCGGAAAUGACCACGGUCCUUUCAAGUACAGCAUCUACGCGAUCUUGUUAUCAUUCACAGCCAAUUUCGUUAUAGCUCUGUCACUAACAGUAAUAGUAUUUAUCACGAUUCGUCAAAAGCCAUAUCGCGGCGCUUCUAACCUCCUUAAACUUGGGAGCUCCCUGGCCUCGGUGAAUCUCACAAUUUUUGUCGUCAAGGCUUUGAAAGUUCUCAGAGACGACCAUGCCACUAAGGGUAUUGUAUCCACAGACGCUGUCCUGAAUCUGUUAUGGAAUGACCUGACAUUUAUGAGCUUGGAUUUUUUGGUUGUUCUGAUUUGCGAGCUAUGUCAGGUUCAAAUCAUAAUGCGACUUUUCUCUCGUGUUCGCGAAAAGAGAAUUGUGUUUCUGGUCGGUGUUGUGCUUUCUAUUGUCUCCCAAGUAUUAUGGGCAAUUCCUACGUUUACUCAGGCUAUUAGUGAAAAUCACCAGGAUUUGUUCUAUGAUGCUAGUGGUCUCACACUUUUGUCGCCCUUCGUAUAUCUACUUCGAAUCGCACUUUCCGCAUCUUACGCUAGUAUUAUCUGUUUUCACAUCUUCACUAAGCGGCAGCUUUGCUUACAGAAUCAACGAAUGGCCUUGUUAACGGUAAUAACGAUACUAAUGGUGUUGCUACAGCCUGGUUUUUUUGUCGCUGAUGUAGCUAAUAUUUGGGUCGAUGAUCUCAGUGAGAUUUUCAAUACUACUUGUUACGUCGGAUCUGCCGUAAUUGUAUGGGAAUGGGUGGAUCACCUGCUGAUUCUAGAAAGAAAAGUGCAAGCUCAGAGUGUACUUGGACGUCCUGUAUAUGAAGAUGACCAACAGGAUUAUUACUUUGCCAAAUACGCCUUAAAAAUGCAAGAUGCGAUAUCACGCGAUAGCGGCAAAGCAGGGACUUCCAGCAGUUUAGGUGCGCAAGAUGCUGAGAUUCCUAAUCAAGUCGCACCGCCACGGGAUACCAACAAGGUCGAAUUCAAUGAAUCUCAGCCACUUAAAGACGUGAUUCUUGAAAAAGUCAGUAAAGUUGUAGAUGGAAUGACAUACUAUACUGAUCAUUUCAUAGUCAAGCGUCUCGUUAUAAAAACAUUAAGUUUGCACUCCAAAGGUAGUAGCGAUGAUUACAGACAGAGGAAGGCUACCGUGAGGCGAAGAAUCGGACUCGACAGACCUAAUGAGGUUUACGUCUAUGCUACUAAAGACGUAGUGUUUGAUUCCGACGAAGAAUUGUACAACAGCCAGGAGAACUUGGGUAAUCAGGAUUCAAAUUCCUAA